CACACAGUUACAGGACACACAGACCACUGUCUCUAGCACUCCUACGGUUUACAUAUUACCUUGUCUGUUUUGCUAGCUCUACCACAGAGUCAUUGGGGACAGAUUACCUUGGACAAAGUACCAGGGACCCGGAGCCUUAGACCUCUCCUCUCCUCUAGUCUCCUUAGUAGGACCAGGCUGAAAAUGGGCAAGGCCCUCUGUAUCGUGGCUCCCCUGAAAGGAAUGUUUGGUCCUGCCGAAGGAGAACAAGACUGUGGCCACUGCUAUCAGAUAGAUGUGGGGGCAGUGGUGGGCAUCAUCGGAUGUGACAUCAUCCUGACCCUCCUCAUCGCUCUCGCCGUGUUCUGUUUUGCUACCUUCCGGAAGAAGAGGAGUCAACAGGAAUCCAGACUGGAGGGUAAAGGGAAAACACUCACAGCAUCAAAAAGGAAGACAGUAGAAAUCACAGAGUCUCCCUACCAGGAGCUGCAUGGAAUUCAGUCAGACGUGUACAGUGAUCUCCAACAGUUUCAGAAAUGAGACUACUUUUUUGGACGGACUGCAUGUAUUUUGCUGCCUGGUGCUUAAAUCUGACAAGGACUGAACUUUGCACAUCUGGGAUUUAUAUUUAUACUCAUCUCCUUACUGUUAUCUUUCAACUUUUGUGUGUAUGUCUAAUUGUACAAUUAAUAGAAUAGCAUUAGACACAUUCAAGAGAUAUUGUAUAUAUUUGACAUAAAUUGACCUGUUAAUGUUUGUUUAAUAGGCUACCUUUUAUAGUGUUGUUUUCAAUGAUUUACAUGCAAUGUAUUUCAUUAUAUAUCUGUUAUUUUGACUUAAUUAAGUAAUUUCUGUAUAUUAAUGGGGUUAUUUUAUUCUAUGUUUCAUAAGUACAUAAUUUGUAUAUUGCCAGAAACAGUUCAUGGAAGCCCCAUUAAUAUUGCCCACAGGAUGUUGGUGGCACCUUAAUUGGGGAGGACUGGCUCAUGGUAAAGGCUGAAGCCGGGUAGGUGGAAUGGUAUCAAACACAUGGUUUCUAUGGGUUUGAUGACAUUCCAUUCGCUCCUUUCCAGCCAUUAUUAUGAGCCGUCCUCCCCUCAGCAGCCUCCACUGAUAUUGCCUAUUAUUAAUAUUAGUCAUAUGAUCUGAAAAACUAUUAGUCAACUGGGAUGAAAAACUUCCCAGAGAUAUUUUAAGUUGAGUUUCUGUCUGCUCCCUGUUAGUCAUAAGCUGGAGUCCCUUACUCACUAUAAACACCAGGG